UGCUUGUCCUUCAGAAGCACUUCGAAAACUGGAUUGGUUUGCGUAGAUUCGCAUAUGUACAAAUGUUUGAAAAUGAAACUUCUCAAAAGCAUUUUCAUAUUGGUACUUUUCUUGACGGUUUGCCUUUCAGAGCAUAUCUGCAGGGUCCCUCAGAAUACGCGUUUAAUUCAUGCUUUUUCUUCUCCAAGUUCUCGAUCUAAACGAAGUACAGUGAACACCAAAUUACAGUUUUCUGUUGAAUAUACGACGGGUUUUCUAAAUCAUCCCAUUUCUGAGCAAGUAAAGACAAGAAUUGUUCAGCCUUCACUUGCAUUUUGGGAACAAACACUAGAAGUCAAACAACUGUCUACAGGGAACAUCAUACUUGAGAGACAAUGUAUAGAUGGUCAGACUUCCUAUAUUAAAUGGCCUAAUGGUACACUCGGUGUAUACUGCAGUAAAGGUUGUGAAAAUAUCACUCGAUGUUUUACAGAACCCAUACCCAGUAAUUAUUUAAAUGGAUGUAAAGAGUUAAAUGGAAGCCGACCGAUUGUUCAAGGUGGUAGCGGAGUUGGGAUACCACCAAAUGGCUAUUUGAUUUUUGUUGACGCCUCUGCAACAGAACCAUGUAAAACUGAUGAUCUUCUUGCUUAUGCACUAGCAUGUCAACUUGAGUCUGGCACCGACAGACCAGUUGCAGGUUAUGUUAACUUAUGUCCAAAUCAGCUGUCUGCAUCACCAGAAGAAGUUCGUGCAACGGUUUCUACCUUUAUUCAUGAAAUGGCACAUGCAUUGGGCUUUUCAAGUACUUCUUAUGCCUUUCUGCGUGAUGAAAAUGGUAAUCCACGAACACCGAGAGAUCCUUACACGAAUUUACCUGCCCUUGGUCAGGAUGCUGAUUUUAUUUACAUAGCCAGCAAGUCAACAAUAACAACAUUUCAACGAACAUGGGUUUCUGCAGUUUCCACAACUUCACGAACGAUAAAUGCCUUUGUUCUUCCAAACCUAUUAAAGGAAGCUAGAGCUCACUACAACUGCCCGACUUUGGAUGGAAUGGAGGUUGAAAAUGAUGGUGGUCCUGGAACAGCAUUUGUUCAUUUUGAAAAAAGAAUCACGGAGGAUGAAUUAAUGUCAGGAAGCUAUUCCAAACAAACAUAUAUUUCAUCUUUAACGCUGGCAUAUUUCCAAGAUUCUGGAUGGUAUAACGUCAAUAUGUCUAUGGCUCAAGACUGGAAGUACGGCAAAAAUUGGGGAUGUGAUUUUCUCCUCAAGAGCUGUUACGAAUUCAUGGCAAUAAAAAUAGCAACGAAUAGUCCCAUGACUCCGUAUUGUAAUAAGCUGUCGACUUUCGAUUUAAAAUGUUUGGUUUAUGAUGAGGCAUACGGUAGUUGUGAUCUCAAGCGUUUGAAAGAAAAACUUCCACCUGAAUACCAAUAUUUUACGCAUAUUGAUGGUGUUGCUGAUUCAGAUGUAGCCUUCUAUGGCGGUGGAUUUACACUAAAUGAUAGAUGUCCAAUAUAUAGGGUUCAACCACCAAUUAUGCUUUACAGUACUUUGGGAGCGAUUCAAUUUGUGUCAACCCUGAUCCAUUACAACCUCGGAUUAGUAUUGUAGGCGGAUUUUUUAGGAUACUAUCUUCUCCAAGUUGUCACAAGUUUGCAUGUCCGAAUCUGGGAAUUACACUACUAAUCGGAAAACCAAGCUUUAUCGUGCGCAAGUGAUGGUGAGUCAAUCCCAAUAAAUGCUGUUGAUGGGAAUAUUAAUGUCAGAGGAUUAGCAUUAUGUCCCACCUGCAGUGGAGUUUGUGGUGUAAGUAAACUGUACAUUAAAAUCAAAUUCUAAUCUAAAGUGUUGUAACUAUGUGCAACUAUCAUUCUAAGUUUUGCUAAGUCUGUUAAUCGCAAAUUAUCUGAAAGUAAGCCUUUGUCUAUUAAAUCCUAGUGUAAAGUUUUAACCGCAUUUCAGUGAUACAUUGAACAAAUGGUCGCAGUUGUUAGCAUUUGAUUUGUUAAGUAAAAAUCAUUCCCAGUAAGUUUACCUCAAGCGGACUUUUUUGGUCUCUAUUUUAAUUUACUUACUUGGGAAAAGAGAUUCAUUUAAGAGAUGAUUAUUUUAACACCUUGAACAAAUCUCUCCCGUAGUAUUUCAUAAAGUAAGUUCAUACCUGAGAUUCAUAUUAGUCAUCAGUUUUUCAACAGUCUGCAGUAUAAGUUUAUGAUACUACCAUUUCUUUGUUGUAAUCAGUGAGCGUGGGAAGUUAUAGCGUCUUCCAAUUUACUCUUCUGGAUCUUCACUAAAAUAAUAUUUAACGUGUAUCAUCUAACAUAAUUCUGAACAUACCUCAAUGUACUGACGGGUCCAGUGUGUGCAGUUGUUGUGCGUAAGAAUAAAAUGUAUAAACUGGUCAGCAAUAAAGAACUCCUAAAAAGCCACACCAGUUAUUGUUUUCAUAAUGCUGAAUUCCCUGGAUACGACAGAAAAGGUAAACUUUAGUCAAAUUCACACUAUGGUAAUACAUAACCUUCAGUAUACAACAAUAAGAGCACCAUUUAUAUACUGUUUGUAAAUCCAUUUCAAGUAGCAGCAUAAUUUCUUAAGGGUAUAUUUUAUCCAAAGAGUGAGAUGUAGCUUUAUUAUAGAUGCAAAAUCAAAAAAUUUCUAUAGCUUACACAUGAACAUGUGUUGCCAUCCAUAUAACACAGAUUAAAUUGUUUCCAAAACUUGUCAAUGUUUGCAUUGUCCGCCGUAGAGCCCAGUGAUUAAUGACUUAGGGUUAUAAGUGAAGUUGAAUUAAAGGUUUCUGAAAAUCAGCCUUUUGUAAUGCUUUCUUUUAUCUAUAACUUCUCUACAUCAUAUCAUGAGUUUGUAAAACGUAUAGUUCGAUGUUCAAAUGGCAGGACUUGGGGAAACUAUUAUUCACAGCUGCUCUUAUAGAUGCGAUGGCUAAUAUUUUGUUUAUUGGUCUUGGUGCUAACUUUUAUGGAAUAUGUGCUUAAAUAUUUGAGACCACUGGCAGAUAAUGAUUGGAUGAAUUGAUUUAUCUUCUGCGAAAAAUUCCACUGUCAUAGUACAUCUUGAAUAUGUGACCUAAUCUGACCUCAUUACUUACCCUUACCACAUUUGUAAUUGUUCAUUUGAUUUCACUGUACAAAAAAACUUAAAUCUUAGUAUAUUAUAUACGGUGUAAAGAAUAAUAAUUAUUGAGUUGAUUUUCUUCACUUUUACCGAUUAUGUUUUUUUUCUCAGGCUUGUCCUAACAAUACGGCUACAGGGAACCAAUACAAUUUAAUAUCUCGGAUAAAUAUCAAUAACAAAAUACUAAUCUUUCAUUUAUUUAUUUUGCUCAAAGUUUUGAACUGUAAACACUUGUGAUAUGAAAGUGAAUUUUCGUUUAAAAAACCAAGAAAGUAACUAAGUAAUUAGUGAGUUUCUACUUGAAGAAGCUUCUGAAAAAAAUGUUAAAGGUCAUUACCGCAGCUUAUUAUUAUAGUUUCAGGUAUUAAAUAUAUGCAGCACGCAUUUUUUUUUAA